AAUCAGUGUUGAAUUUACAUUAAUUUAAUUUGAUCUUGAUCUAUAAUGGCACAAGAGGACGAUGAAGAGGACUUAGUAUUUAAUGUGGAAGAAGUGCAAAAAAUCGUUCGUGACAAUAUCGAAUUAUGCCUGGGCGGUAACGCGUACAGCCAUUCCAGGACCUCACAAUGGAUCACGGUUAUUACUGAGAAGACUCUAGCCAGGCUCAACAAACUCAAUAAGCCCUUCAAGUAUAUAAUGCGGAUCACUAUAACUCAGAAAAAUGGUUCUGGCUUGCACACGGCAGCCGCCUACUACUGGGAUAUAGCUACUGAUGGCACGUGCACUGUUCGUUGGGAGAACAAAUUCAUGUACUGCAUUGUCAACAUAUGGGGCCUUGCUUUACAAAUAUAAUUAAAUGGAUUGAUUUUGUUCA